GAUACCUUUGUGUUUCUCUAUGGGGUUGAUCCUAUCCUUGCUAAGAAUAUCGACUACAUUCCGACAAUCAAUGUAAUAGAAAGACAUGCUACAGUUAAGGCCUCUGAGAAGAGAAUAGGAAUUGACUUAUUUGAGGAACGGUUCUACAAAUUUCUAGAUGCCUUGGAUUCAGCUGGGUAUGCAGGUGAUUACUUGGAUUCCAUGCAAGCAGAUGCUCAGCUUAAUGAACUCCAUAAAGCAUAUAAGGAUUUCUGGGUUGCUAGCAGAUUGGUGCGAUGA